AAAAGAACUUAAAACAAUUCAUGCAUUUUCACAAAAGACAUUAACACCAACAGAGUGGAAAAAGUAGGAAAUGAUAAAAAGUCCUAUAAAUAAAAUACAAGAAAUUUAAAAUGAUUCAAUUCAAAGUAUCUGCUCCAGGAAAAGUUAUUCUUUUUGGAGAACAUGCUGUAGUACAUGGAAAAACAGCUAUUGCAGCUAGUAUAGAUUUACGUACAGUUUUAAAUUUUACCGAGCUACCUGAAGAAGAAGAAAUCAUUAAAAUAUGUUUUCCUAAAGUAAAUUUAUUUAUGAGUAUAUCUUUGCAACAAAUACAAAAUUUCUUUUUUACCAACAAAAACACUGAACAUAUAGAAAAUUAUGAUAUAUUCUAUAGUAAAGUAAAGGAAUUUGUUUGUAUUAUUAAUUAUACAAAUUUACAACAGAAAUUAAGCUUAGAAGCAUUCUUUUAUCUUUUUAUUUUUAUUACACAAGUAGAAAAAAUUAAAGUGAAGCCAUUCGAAAUUCAAUUAAAUACAGAACUAACACUUAAUUCUGGCCUUGGCAGUUCUGGUUCCUUUGCAGUUUGCCUUGCUGCGUGUUUUUUACAUUGGUCAUGUCUACAAAAAAAUAUUUAUAAAAUAUUUGAUUAUUCUACUUUAGAUGUUAUUUCAAAAUAUGCUCUAAGUUGUGAAAGAAUUAUGCAUGGUAAUCCAUCUGGAAUAGACAAUUUUGUUUCUACAUAUGGAUCAAUAAUAGAAUUUAAAAAAGGUGAUUAUGCAAAACCAAUAAAUAAUGUACACACAAUGAAAAUUUUAUUAGUAGAUACAAGAGUAAAUAGAAGCACAAAAGCUUUAGUAGAAAAGUUAUUAGAAUUAAAAAGCAAAUAUCCAGUUAUUAUUGACUUGAUUAUGGAUUCAAUUGAUAAUAUAUCGAAAGAAGCAAUUGAAAUUAUUAAAAAGCUAAAACCUCUCUCAAAUACUGAUGAUGAAGCUUUUUCAGAAGAGUAUAGACAAUUAAUGAUACUUAUUAACAUGAAUCAAGGAUUGCUAGCCACAUGUCAAGUUUCUCAUCCAUCUUUAGAUAGAAUUUGUGCAGAAGCACAAAAUUAUGCUCUAGCAGCAAAGCUUACAGGUGCUGGUGGUGGUGGACAUGCUUAUAUUCUCUUAUUGCCAAAUACACAACCGGAAACUAUUUCCAGCAUUUCACGAAAAUUAAUUGCAGAUGGAUUUAUUAUUAAAUUAACAACUUUAGGAGGUCCUGGAGUACAAAUAAUUUAAUAAUUGUAUCAUGUAUAUCAUAUAUAUUGAUACAAAUGAAUUUAUUUUUGCU